AUGAAUAGUUAUAACAGUGUUAUACCUAAUAAUCCGUCUGCAAUGAAUUUGGAUAAUAUAUUGAAUAAGAUAUCAAAUCAUUGUGAUUCUAUCUCAACAUUAUAUUUCAAGCCGCCAGGUAUAUAUAGUAAUGCAGUACUAAACAAUCAAGAUGAUAAUACCCCAGAUAAUAAUAACGAUAAAAUUACAAAAUUGAUAAGAGAUGCUGAUCCAGAAGAAGAAGCAUCUUUGUAUGAUAGCAAAAAUAAUGAAUUUCCCAUCAGGAAAGAUGGUUCAAAAAUCGGUAUUGCGGAUUAUUUAAAUUCUAAAAGUAGAACACGACCAUUAAAUGAAUCGCCCGUUAUUGAAGUUCCCAAGGAUUAUUAUUUAAAACAAAAUGUAAUAAGUAACAAUAGUGACGAAAGAUUGGAAAACACUCAAGAAGAAGAUUAUAAUAAUAUCAAUGGUAGGAAACUAGAUCGAAGAAGAACAACAUUGAAUAGCAAUAGAAGAACAUCAACUUUAGAUGAUAUCUUUAAUAAUAACAAUAAUAAUAAUAAUAAUAAUAAUAGUGCUAGUACCAUGGGUGUUGAUUCUAAUGUUUUUAAUAUACUGUUGAGAAAAUACAAUGAUAAUAAUGAAAUUAAAGAUCUCUUGUAUGCAUUGCGUGAUGGUAGUGUAAUAACAAACUACGGCGAUAAUGAAGACGCUGGUAGCAAAAGGAGAAAAACAUUAUUUGUGGAAGAUUUUUCUAACGAUUUAAUAUUUCAAAUAUUUAACGAUAUUAUAAUGCAAUGGCCUCUUAAUGAAUAUACAGUAAAAUACAACGAUUUGUACCAUAAAUUCCAAGAAUUAAGUACGCAAGUAAUAGAAUUAAAGGAUGAAAUACAAACACAGGAAGACAAGAUAGGUUAUUAUGAUGACAUUAAUGAUUUAAUUACGAAAGAACAAGGAGAAGUUGACAGAUUGAAGAAGAUAAUUGAGCAGCGAAAGAAGAUAAAAAGUACAGAUAAAAAAUGA